GAAACCUAAACUAUAAAUUAAUUUUAUUCACACAGUUAUAUAUACUGGCUAGCUCUAUCAGUUCUGAACUGUUCUUUCUGAGGUGCAACCAAAUUAAUUUUAUAACCUGUUUCAUGCAUCAUAAAUGCAGUUAUAGAGUUUGAAUUUCGUCACAACCACCUGUUGCUGGCUAUAAACGCUAUCGCGGCUGAAUUAAACAACACGCCGUUUUAUACUCUGAAAUAAUCAUGCUCAAAGAUAAAUUUCAACUUAAAAGUGCUCUCAAAACUAUUAGCAGUCUUCUAAGAUGAAUACGCGAUCGUCCCAAGUUCACACCAGCGAAAGAAAAUCGGUUUUAAAAUACGUUUUGAAGGAAGUUAUCGUCGCAUACAAAGAUUGCAAGACCUUGUGAAAGAGGAAUUUUAAAAUGCUAAAUGUUAUCUAUAAAUCUUUUGUCGCUAAGCGGGUUUAAUUUCGCGAAGAUAUAAACGAAAACACGACCAAUUCAUGCUCAAAAUCUAUGGGGAACUCUCUCAAAACUCCGAGCGAGUGUUUUGAAUUCAUAUUACCGGCGUGCAUCAUUGUGUCUAUUAAAACGGGUGACACAACAAGUACUGGACUACACAACACAGCUUAUAUUCAACUAACUGAUCAUCAUGGACGCGAAACAGACGAGGUUUUACUCCAAGGUUGUUCCCUAACCGUCUUCAAGAAAGGUCACAUCGACUCAUUUCGCAUAACAAAAUUACCACAAAAUUUUGGAACUGUGAAGAAGGUUCGGUUGUUUCGUAAUGAGACGAAACAAAAUGUAGUGGAAUGGUUUGUUGAUUGGAUUGAAAUUCGUUAUCAUAAACUUGCUGGACCUCAAGAGAGGAUGGUAUUUCCUUGCAAUCGUUGGGUUAGAAAUGACAAAGCGAUUAUUUUAAGAUUGUAUGAUUCAUGUUUGCCACAAAUGGAUGAAGAUUCGCAUCAAAGAGACGCGGAAUUGUUCUCGAAACGGGCGAAGUACCGCUACUGUCAGGGGAUCUCCGGGUUGCCACCAAGAUUGAAGAAAUUUCCAAAGAACGAAGUUUUCAGUACAAAUUUCAAGUGGGAUAUUGCUCUUCGACGGGACAAACUGUUUGCAAGAUACAACAUGACUCAUUUUGACAAAAUACCAUGGCAUGACUUUCAUGAAUUUGAUCCAGUUUAUCGCACGCUGGGAGAGCCACUGGCCAAGAAUUUUUGGAUGGACGAUGUGUAUUUUGGUCGGCAACGCUUGGCUGGAUGCAAUCCAACUGUGAUUAAACUUUGUACAGACAUUCCCAAAGGGUUUCGCGUGACGUCGACCCUUGUUCAUCCGUUUCUCGAAGGAAUGAGUUUGGACAACGCUAUGAAAUAUUCCAGAUUGUUUAUAGUUGACUACAGUAUCUUGGAGCAAGCUGAUGUGGACAGCGAACGAGCAGUUAUCAGUCCAUACGCGCUCUUCUUUUUGAACAAGAAACGAGAUCUUGUUCCUGUAGCGAUUCAACUGUUUUCCAGUCGUAAGGAAAACAACCCUGUUUUUGUCCCCAGUGAUCCCAUAUACACCUGGACGAUUGCCAAAAUGUGGUUCAACAACGCCGAUGCUGGUUAUCAUCGCGCAUGCGCUCAUUUUGGUUUUAGCCAUUUGGUUUUGGAGAGCAUUGCCAUAGCAACGCAUCGACAGCUCUCGCCAUCCCACCCUAUUUACCGACUGUUGGCUUCCUACAUACAUUACGUUAUCCCUAUCAAUAGUUUUGAGACGAAUCAAUUGAUCGCCUAUGAUGGAUGGAUUGACAAUGCCACAAACCUGGGAGUUUCUGGAAUUAUCAGCGUUUUCCAGGAAAUGUGGCCAACGUGGCGACUGGAUCAUCAAGGAUAUCUACCACAAGACUUAGAAGAUAGAGGCGUUUUAGACGCAAAUAUUUUACCAGAUUACCCGUAUAGAGACGACGGUCUACUCAUCCAUAACGCUAUUGAAAAACACGUUCGUCGAAUCGUGGAACAAAAUUACCAUCAUGACGUUGAGUUUUUAACCAACGAUUUUGAGAUCCAAGCCUGGGUUAACGAUCUGGUUGAACAAGAUCCCUUACUAGGAUGUAACAUUAAGGGAGUUCCUGGUGAAGGAAAGUUUGAAAAAUUUGAUGAGCUUGUCAAGACUCUUACAUCAAUAAUUUUUAUGUGCACUGCGGGACACGCGGCGGUAAACCUCCCUCAGUAUGAUGAGUAUGGAUAUCCCCCUAAUUAUCCCACAUUGCUCGUUGGUGACCCACCUUGUGAUACGCGAUGGCGAGAGAAGCACGAUGUCUUACGACACCUUCCGACCAAAGAUCUUUGCCUGCAGUCGGUAAUCUAUGCCAGGCUCAUGACUGAUCGCAAGACUAACGGACUGGCUGAUGUUAAUGCGAAAUUUCAGUAUGAUCCAAUUGCGUUAAACUCUCGCGAGUUGUUUUACAAAGAUUUGAAAGAAGCUGCUCUGACUGUGAUACAUCGAAAUCUUCUGCGCAAAUAUCCUUAUGAUUAUCUUAACCCAUGCAGCAGCAAGAAUUAAACUACACGCUGAUUUUUUUUUGGGGGGGGUUUCAACCUCUUCGUGUGAUCACUAAACUUCAAAUGUAUGCUAAAAAGCUGCCCUGAAACUAUCAACAAGCUAUUCUGUAUAACGAUUAGAACACAUUGAUCAAUGAUUACAACUCGGUGUAGUUAUUACUGGUAAUUAUUCUGAUCAUCGACUUCAUUACUUUUGAGGGAAUAAUUAUUGUAACAAAGAGACUAACGCCUGUAUUCAAAAAGCUCACUCACACUCAUACUCAUCGAGUGUGACAUAUAAAUUUCGUUAAUGCUGAU